UCCCUCGCCUGGUGCCGUAGUAAACAGUGAUGGCUUCCUCCGAGACGCAGCCUCGCUUCGGUCAAUCUGUUAAAAGUUUAUUGUCUGAUAAAGUAACUUCUUGCAGUGGAGAUGUGAUCGCUCUUACCCGUCAAGUGUUGAAAGGAUCCAGGAGUCAAGAACUUCUCAGUCAGGCAGCGAGAAAUAUGGUAAUUCAAGAAGAUGCAAUUCUGCAUUCUGAAGAUAGUCUACGGAAGAUGUCUAUUAUAACAACCCACUUGCAAUAUCAGCAAGAGGCCAUUCAAAAGAAUGUAGAACACUCCAAAAACCUGCAGGACCAGCUCAAACACUUGAUGAAAUAAUGGAGCCCUUCUAAUAACAUGCUGUGGAUAUCGCAUGCUCUAGUUUUUCAUUGAUUUUUAACAGUAGAUCACAUCACUUGUUGUGAUGGUUUAUUGCAUAGCAGAUUGCUAGUUAAAAAAAAAGGCACAGACCAACAUCCUCCUAUUCUCUAACUCUUGAUUUUGGAUGGUCAUGAAAAACAUCCAUAAGACCUUCAAGUGAAGGCUUUUCUGUGGGAGAUUGUUUCCAGUAUUCAUAUUUGUCUAUUUGAAAUGAUAGUGCAAUGUCAAAACAGUAUACUGUUUUUGUCUCAUCUUUUAAGCCUAAGUUUGUGUAAGAACAUUUGCUUUUAGACUUUUAGAUCUUGCAUAGUCAAAAUGUCCCAAAUCACUGUACACCAAACAUACAAAUUGUAUUUUCUUGUUAAUUUAUUUGUCUUUUUUAUAGGGGGCUGUGCCACAUUUACUUGAAUGUAUUUGUAUAAAAUGUCACAAAGCUAGUUAAUUUUUUUAUGUUUAAGCUUGGAGCAACUUUAUUAAAUGUAUGUGGAAAAGCAAA